UCUGUGUAGUCUACUUUUUGUCUGCUUCUCUCUCCUUCACUCUCUAUCAAAUUCUUUAAUUCUUUAUUUGUUUUUUUUCACUGCUACAUUCCCCAUUUUUGUUUUUGUCUAUAAUUUAAAGGGACCCUCAUCCUUUUCUUCUCCUUUUAUGAAGCUGGGUUCAUACUUGUGUGCAGCAAAAUGCAUCUUGUAUACAUAACUCUCAGAUCACACCAGUCCUUGAGAGGAGGAUUUUGAAGCAAUUCUUGAUAUAGUUCUGUCUCUUUCUUUGCUGAUUAGUUGAGAAUUAAAAAUCGAAUCUUUGUGCAUAAAUCAGAGAGAGAAGAAAAGGGGAAGAAGAAAUUAGGAUUUUCAUUUGGUUACAGUAUGAAGGAUUUUCCUUCUUGUUUUGGGGAAACUGGGGUUCAAGUAGCUGAUUUUUCAUCUACUAAUAAGGCUGCUCAGAAUUUGGUAACUUGUGUGUACCAGUGUAAAUUGCGUGGGAAAUCUUGUUUGCUUAAUGUUACAUGGAGUAAGAAUUUGAUGGGUCAAGGUCUUACUGUUGGGAUUGAUGAUAAUACAAAUCAGUGCCUCUGUAAAGUUGAUAUUAAGCCCUGGUUGUUCUCCAAGAAGAAAGGGUCAAAGACUUUAGAAGCAUAUUCUAGGAAAAUUGAUGUAUAUUGGGACCUUACCUCAGCUAAGUUUGGAUCUGGUCCAGAGCCAUUAGAAGGAUUCUAUGUUUGUGUUGUUUCCGAAAGGCAAAUGAUUUUGCUCCUUGGUGAUAUGCGAAAAGAAGCUACCAAGAAAACAGGUGCCACGCCUUCUGCUUCUGGUGCUGUUUUUAUUGCUAAGAAGGAGCAUAUAUUUGGCAAGAAGGUAUUUGGCACUAAGGCUCAGUUUUGUGAUAAUGGUCGAGUGCACGAUCUCGUGAUUGAAUGUGAUACCAGUGGAACCAGCGACCCAUGCCUUGUCAUCCGUGUGGACAGUAAGCCGAUGAUGCAGGUAAAGAGGCUCAGAUGGAAGUUCCGCGGUAACCAUACCAUUUUGGUUGAUGGCCUUGGCGUAGAAGUAUUUUGGGAUGUUCAUAACUGGCUCUUUGGCACGUCCGCUGGAGAUGGUGUAUUUAUGUUCAAGACCAGCCUUUCAGCUGAGAAAUUAUGGGCAGCCCAGCCCGUCUGCGAUCCCCAGACACUACAUUGGUCUUGGUCACAGAGAUUCCGAGAGGCCCAGUCGCAUAGUCUUGGUUUCUCACUCUUUUUAUAUGCUUGGAAAAACGAAUAGGCAAUUUGAUUGGAUUCAACUUAGAGUUCUAACUUAUACUUUACGGAGUUGUGAUUUAUAAACAAUGAAAUUCAAUUAUACUUUCAUUUUUAAAUUGUUAAUUUGUUCUUUUCGUAUGUUCAGUUUCUCAAGCUGAGAGCCGAAGUGGACAUUUUUGUCCCUUUGGUUGUAAAUUAUUCAACUACAGUUCUGAUCAUUUUCUUUUCCAAUUUCCAUGGAGAAGUAUAUGAAAUCCAUUUAUUCUUGGUCAA